CUUGCUUCAAGCUUUCCACUGGUUAAGCCAUGGGCAGCUGCCAAUCCAGUAACAACUGUAGCGAGAUAAAUUCCAGAAGCAAAAGUGGCCGGCUGGUUGGUAGGGAACUCUCUGCGUUUGAGCGGCUGAGUUGGAAAGCAACUCCAUAUGUCACCAUUGCCCAUUGGUUCCAGGUGGCCGGUCCGGCAACACCUGAAGAGCUUGCAGAAGCACUGUGGGAGACACAUACACAUUUUGCUGCGCUUCAGGCAAUUAUCAAAGACAAGAGAUUGUUUUUGCGGCCUGACUUGAUGCCAGAGAUCGAAUUUGAUCUUGAUACAGAUGUGUCUCCGCAUGGGUUGGCUCUUCUAGGGGCAGAGGCGGCUUCUAUGGGCAUUGGAGCCACAUGGCAAGCUUGUGAAGGGAAGCUGUUGUGGCGCGCAAAGAUUUUCAGGGAAGGAUGGUUACUUCUCACUUUUCACCAUGCAAUCAUUGACGAAAAGAGCAUUUCCAUGCUGAUGAAAGAAUUGAUUUCAAUCUUGUCUGGAAGGGAAAGGUCAUCUCCCAAGCCUUCAUUGGAGCCAAAGCUGACACAGCUCUUGGAUCAACCCAGCGGAAAGUUCACUCGCUUGAUGGAACAACGAAAGGGAGGCCGUUUGCCAGGCAAAGCAGUUGGAAGAUUGGCUGAUUUGGUGCCGUUGGGUGCCCGAAGCAACGUCCAGGCCCGAGAAGGGAAGGAAUGGCCCAAGCCAGAUGGUCUAGCUCCGUGGCAGGAGCGCAAAACCAAGGCAUUGGUGACGUCUUUGCCAAUCGGGGAAAAGCUCAGAAGGGUUUGCCGCGAGCGAGGUCUAACAGUAAAUACGGCUUUGCUUGCCAGUCUUGCAUUGGCCUUGCGCAAACAAAUGUCAAGAUCUGGCAAGAUUGGUAUGCGGCCCAUCCUUGCAACUGAUGCAAGGUCCCACAUCCCAGAUGGACAGGAACUAUUUGGCUCUUAUUCUUUAGGUGCUCGAUUUCGGAGUGGUUGGGGCACUUUGGACGUUGAGGAGAACACUGACUUUUGGCAGCUGGCUGCCUGUGCAAAAAAGGCAGUCGAGGAUGCUGGCAAGAAAAUGGAGAUUCACAAUAUAGCCUGGUACAUGAGGUUUUUGACAGCAGCAAUGGGAAAGAAGGAUGUUGCAUGGCUGCAGGGGGCAUUAGAUUUGGACGGUCCGGAUCAAGGAAGAACCAAUGCCAUCCUGCUGAGCAAUGCGGGCAUUGUCAGUGGUCUGGAAAGUGGUGCUUUCAAGGUCACGCAGUCAUAUUUUGCAUCUCAUCAAGCGGCCUGGGGCCCAUUUGUUUGGUUGAAUGUUAUGACCAUUGCGGAGAACAUGUUUAUGACUUUGAACUACGUUGAUCCUCUAUUGGCCCAUGAGAAGGCCAAAACGCUACUUGCCGAAGUGGAAUCCUACUUGCUAAAAGCGUGUGAUUGCUUUGAUCGGCUACCAGGGUUCCUACCAGUCUUGCGUUCAGAGACCAGCGAGAAGAAGGAAACUCAGUCUGAGGCUUGUGAGGUUGUUACCCUGUGAUUUUCAUGUGUUCAGGAAAUUGAAUGUUGUUUCUGGCUGGUUCUUGCCUUGCCUGAAAGCACGAACAAGCAAGCACCCGCACAAAGCGAGUAUUGCUGGUGUGACUCAACCCUGUUUGAAAUGUUCGAACAAACGGACCUAUAGAGCAUUUGAAUAGAGACCACCAACUACCGGGCUUACCAGGUGUUCAGACUUUGACAUCACGGUAUUUAUCAUAAAUCUCUUAGGGAUCCGGCACAAAUGUGGGUUUUCCUAAGUGGACCCAAAAGAAGACCCGGUGUUGUACGCUGCAAAACGCACGCUGCAACAAAUUGUUCGAGUUUGUACAGACUUGGAGUUGCAUACUCAAGUGCCACCUGCAUGCGUGAGGCACAAGGCCCAAAGCUGCACUGUAGAUAUGCACAGACGAACCAGUGCGAUUCGACCACAACAAGUCGCAUGGUCGUAAAAAA